CUGUCUCUCUCUCUCGCUCGAUCUCGAAGGUGAAGCUAUGGGAGUGAAGUAUCUUUGGGAUGUCUUGGAGCCUUGUAAGAAGACUUUCCCACUCGAUCAUCUUCAAAACAAAAGGGUAUGCGUGGAUCUUUCGUGUUGGAUGGUGGAAUUGCAUAAAGUGAACAAAUCUUAUUGCGCCACUAAAGAAAAAGUUUAUCUUCGAGGAUUUUUUCAUCGUCUCCGAGCCCUAAUUGCCCUAAACUGCUCCAUCAUUUUAGUCUCAGAUGGUGCAAUUCCUGGAAUCAAAGUACCAACUUACAAGCGUCGGUUAAAAGCAAGAUUCGAGGUACAAUGAUGUCAAAUGUGGCACUUGUGGUUUCAUCCUUGCAUAUGAUGGCUAGUUUUUGGAUUGUUUUUUUCGAUUUCGUGCUAUAUUGGUUCAGCCAGAUCGCUGACGAUGGUGUUGAGCCUAGCAAAGAGACUUCACUCAAAAGAAAUAUGGGGUCUGAGUUCUCGUGCAUCAUAAAAGAGGCGAAAGUUAUUGCAUCAACACUAGGGAUACUUUGUUUAGACGGGAUUGAGGAGGCUGAGGCGCAAUGCGCUCUGCUAAACUCGGAAUCCUUAUGUGACGCCUGUUUUAGCUUUGAUUCGGAUAUCUUCCUUUUUGGUGCAAAGACUGUAUACAGAGAAAUAUGCCUUGGUGAAGGAGGUUAUGUUGUUUGCUACGAGAUGGAUGACAUCAAGAAAAAGCUUGGGCUUGGACGGAACUCAUUGAUAGCUCUAGCGCUUUUGCUUGGCAGUGACUACUCUCAGGGAGUUCGUGGUCUUCGACAGGAGAAAGCUUGUGAGCUUGUUAGGUCGAUUGGAGACAAUGUUAUCCUUGAAAAAGUUGCAUCAGAAGGACUUUCCUUUGCGGAAAAGCCGAGAAAGUCUAAGAAGCAAGUUAGGCCUUCUGUGUGCAGCAAAAAGGGGACCUUACCUUUGGUGGUUAUAAAUGGAAAUAAUCGUGAUCCAGAAAGACUGGAAGAGAUCAAGCAGGUGAUCGAUGCGUUCAUGAACCCCAAGUGCCACCAAGCAGACUCUAAUACAGUUUCCAGGGCCUUAGCUGAAUUCUCUUUCCAGCGCACCAAGCUUCAGGAGAUAUGCCAUCAGUUCUUUGAGUGGCCCCCUGAGAAAACAGAUGAAUACAUACUUCCUAAAGUUGCUGAAAGAAAUCUGAGAAGGUUCGCUAAUCUGCAAUCAAGAUCAACUGAGGUUGAAGUUAACCUUCCUCUCCACAAGCCGCAGAUGCCAGAGAAGUGUCCGGUGUCUGAAAUCAUAAAGACCCGAAAAGUACAGGGGCGAGAAUGUUUUGAAGUCUCAUGGAAUGAUCUAGAAGGGUUAGAGUCGUCCAUUGUUCCUGCAGAUCUUGUAGAAAGGGCUUGUCCUGAGAAGAUCAUAGAGUUCAAGGAGAAAAUGGCAGCAAAAAAGAAGAAACCGAAGCCGAAACAAAAACAGAAGGAAACGAGUUCACCGACCAAAUCUUCUUCUCUUGUCGAACUCAGCCUCGAACUCCAACACCUUGAUCUCAACUCAACCUCUCUAGUAAGUAGAAGCACCUUAGAAGAAGCAGAGCAAGAGAACGAACAACAAAACUCCAAGAAACAUGAUUACUUGCGUCUUAUCGAUUCACCUGAUAGAGAAAAUUGCAAUAACGCUUGGUCAAACAGGGAUAGAUUGGGUGUUGGAAUGAGUUCAUUUCCAUUGUAUCCGGAAACAGAAGUCAUUGAUCUGAUAAGCCCUUGUCCUGAAGCUCGUUCACGGAGCGUGUCAAGAAGUUAUCAAGAACAGAAGAGCCAUGAUCACCAACUUGAGACUGUGAUUGAGCUGAGUGAUUCAGAGACAGAUGAUGAGGAACAUUGCAAGAAAGCUAGAGAGCUUAGGAUCUUUCUUCAAAAUAUCAGGAAAGACAUUAUCCUAUGAUAACAAAAAAGGAAAAAUAAUGUUAAUGAGUUCUUUUAUCUUAAUUUAUGGAUUUCAUGAAAACUAUUAAAAGUUUGAAGCUAUAUUUUUCUCUUUUGUUAAUCAUACCUUACCUUGCUUGAUUCAAUUUAACUGCAUAACUCACGGAAGAUUAUCUUAUUGAAAUAAUUCUCUUAUUUAAUAACUUUUCCUGUGUAUAAAAUCAUCAAUUUCAUAUUAGAGUUUUAAGGUGCCAUAUAGUUUUGU